UUCAGCAUCUCCCACUCUCUCUCGAGCGUUCCGAGGCAGAUGGAGCAAAGAGCUGGAGAACAGAGAACUGAUGGCUCUGUAGAACCGACAACCCUCACCUAGAGAAGGUGGAUCAUUAACCUGACAGCAAAAAAAGGAAACACAAUUCAGCUAAUCCAAACAGUAUACACAAGGAAAUACAUUCCCACAAAAACAACAUGGCAGAUCAGAAAGAUAACGCGCAUGACUUCAAGGUUCAGACGGCCAAGCACUCCAACAUGAGCACAGCAUCCAUGCGACCGCCCAGUGAACAGUCCAGGGACAGAGCGUCCAAGAGGCUCUCGUCUGAGUCCAAUGGGAACAAUGAAGGUGGUGUUGGAGCGUCUACUCCAGUGGAACUGACUGCACUGGAAGAGUCCUUCCGCCGCUUCGCCAUACACGGGGACACGCGGGCCACAGGCAAGGAGAUGCAUGGCAAAAACUGGUCAAAACUGUGCAAGGACUGCAAUGUAAUCGACGGAAAAUCCAUCACCCUCACUGAUGUCGACAUCGUCUUCACUAAAGUCAAGAAGAAAUCCUGCCGUAACAUCACGUUUGACGAGUUCAAGGCGGCACUGGGAGAACUGGCCAAGAAGAAAUAUAAAGAGAAGCCCGCAGAGGAGGCCGAGGCUGAGGUCUUUAAGCUGAUAGAGGGGAAAGCGCCGGUUAUCUCCGGAGUCACGAGAGCGGUGGCGUCCCCCACGGUGAGCCGCCUCACAGACACCAGCAAGUUCACCGGCUCGCACAAGGAGCGCUUCGACAACAGCGGCCGCGGGAAGGGGAAGGCCGGGCGUGUGGACGUGGUGGACACGUCCGGGUACGUCUCCGGAUACAAACACGCCGGCUCCUACGAGAAGAAGCUUGCCAAGCCCAUGUGAGGGGGAAGGGAGAUAAACACUAGAUUGAUAUGGAUAAUUUUCUAUAACAACAGCACACACACACGCACACACACAAUCUGAAAGCGCAAAAAAAAAAUCAUGUAAUCUCCCACUGGCCAUUUUCUGUUUGUCUGCCAUUUUGUUUUAGUUUUUUUAUUGUGUAAUUUCCUUUUGAAAGGUCAGAAAAACUGGAAAACUGUUUACAUCUUUUCAUCACCAGCUGGUACAUUCCUAUGUGAAAGUAAGGUACUGCCAAACCCUGAACAAAGAUAACAAUGAGAGAAUCUUCUGUACUAGCCAUAAUGACUACGUUAUUAUUAUAGGGCCGUAUAGUAUUUCAAAGUACAGUGAACUAUUCACCAAACAAAAGCAAUAAACUUUGCACUUUUCAUGGAAAUAGCAAGUUUCCCCCGUAUUGAGCAUUACACUUUCAAUUUCCUCUCUGUAUAUUUUCAUAGUAGAUUCCGUUAUUGAAACCAUUAAAAACUUGAAUUGAUUAUACUUAAAUUGAUACCUCCCUCCUUAUUUAUAUGUGUGUCUGCCUUAUCUAUAGUGAAAUAAUAAUCAGUUAAUUAUUAUUUAAUCUUAAUAUUUUAAUAUUAAUCUUAAUAUUUUCAGAUUUCCGAGAUCCUUUACGUUAGGUCUAAAAUAGAACAAUCUUUUCCUUAUUUUAAACCACUUAUCGAAAACGAUAACGGACUGAAUCUUUCUAGGCAUCCCACUUACCUAAUUAAAUGAUGUUUAAUUUUAUAAAAAGGUUCUACUGUAGCAAUUAAAGAAGAAACAAGUAUAAGAGUAAAAGCAUAUAUAUUUCUGAACAUUUUAAAAUAUAGAUCAUAUGAAGUAUAUUUUACGUCCUGAAUUAUCCACAUUUGGAUUGAGAAGUUUUUAACAAGAACGUAAUAUUAAACGUCCCUGUAUCCGUACUUGUAAACUGUAUACAGAAACCAUUUUGGUGAUAAACAUUUAACAGAAACUCACACAGAACUAAUGAGCUGGGUUGGUGAAGAUUGUAUUUUUAACAUUGUACUUACAUUAUCUCUCUGUCAGAGUAGCAUACUGUGGUUCUAAUAUAUUGGUGGUAAGAUUUUGUAUAUUUCUUUUGAAUUGAUAGAGAUGUGUCUUUAUUUAAAACACGGGUUUCCUAUAUUCCUCUUUAAGCGCUGGAACAUGUAUACUGCAUCUGGUUCCGAAGCGCAUAGAUUCAUGAAAAAUAUGUAUGUUUCUGUCAUUUAACGUUUAAAUUCUGUAACCAAUGUGAAGACAUUAUCUUCAUUAGAAAAAAAAAAGUGUAGAAUAAAUGGUGGACAUUGAACUAUAUUAAACAAAAUCAGAUGAUAGUGUUUAUUCAAAAUGGAAAGGGAAAAAGAAAAAAAUACUUUUUUUCCUAGCCUUUUCUCUAUUUUUUCAACAUAGUGGUGUACCAUUGUUGUUGAAGUGUUUGCUGUAAGUAUUAGCUUUAGUAUCUCUGCUCCAAUCUGUGAUGUAUGCUUCAUGCCAAAUACAGUGCACCUUUUACACAAACGACCAACAAUAAUGUCUUAUAUUAAUGUUAACUAUUGUGUCCUGGUGCAUGCUACACGUCUGUCUCUCUCUUUAAAACUUGUUGAUAUGAUUUGUAGUGAAUUAUUGGAAAAUAAAAAAACAAAACAUGU